CCACACCUCCGUGGGCGGGGCCAGGGCAGCCUGGGCAGGAAGGGUAUAAAGCCAAUAGGAUUCCAGUUUCACUACAACAGGAGACAGCAGGUAGGAGAAGACGCCACAGACGGAACAGACCAUAUACUACUGUAGUGUACCUUUACAAGGAGCCAUGGUGAAGUGUGUAGCCGUAAUUCUGUCAGGGUGUGGAGUCUAUGAUGGGACUGAGAUCCACGAGGCGUCAGCUGUACUGGUCCACCUCAGCAGGGCCGGAGCUAAGGUCCAGAUGUUUGCCCCCAACGAGGACCAAAUGCAUGUAGUGAACCACUGUGAGGGGAAACCCACGGCUGAGAAACGCAACGUCCUGGAGGAGAGUGCUCGAAUCGCCCGCGGCGAUGUGUCUGACCUUGCCGAGCUAGAGAUCACCGCCUUCGACGCCCUCGUUAUCCCAGGUGGUUUUGGCGUGGCUAAAAAUCUGUCUGACUGGGCUGUGAAGGGGAAGGAGUUCACGGUUCAACCCCAAGUAGAGAAGCUGAUUAAGGGGUUCCACGCUGCAGGCAAGCCCCUGGCUAUGUGCUGCAUCUCCCCUGUCCUAGCUGCUAAGGCCCUGCCGGGGUGUGAGAUCACCGUGGGACAGGACAAGGAGUGUGAGAGAUGGCCCCAUGCCCAGACGGCAACUUCCAUGAAGGAGCUGGGCUGUAAACACGUGAAUAAGAAAGUGGGGGAGGUCCACAUCGAUGUGAAGAACAAGCUGGUCACCUCCUCCGCCUUCAUGUGUAACGCUCCCAUACAUGAGGUGUUUGACGGGGUGGGCGUCAUGGUUACAGAACUGCUCAAACUGGCCUAGGACACGUCUGAGAUUCAGAAUACUGAUUAGCUGUGCUUCUCAAAAGGCACUCUGUUCCCUUUAUAGUGCUGAUGUGACCUUCCCAAAAGGCACCCUGUUCCCUUUAUAGUGCUGAUGUGAUCUUCUCAAAAGACACCCUGCUCCCUUUAUAGUGCUGAUGUGACCUUCUCAAAAGACACCCUGUUUCCUUUAUAGUGCUGAUGUGACCUUCUCAAAAGACACCCUGUUCCCUUUAUAGUGCUGAUGUGAUCUUCCCAAAAGACACCCUGUUUCCUUUAUAGUGCUGAUGUGAUCUUCUCAAAAGGCACCCUGUUCCCUUUAUAGUGCUGAUGUGACCUUCCCAAAAGACGGGAAUAGGGAGCUAUUUGGGAAGUGACCUCACAAUCAUGUUUGUUGUUGUUGUUGUUGUUUGUUUACCUGGAGACCCUCCUGAUGGGAAUGUAAUGGACACACAGAAGAAGCAGAAGAAGAUAGUGUUUCUGUUGCUUCAUCUGUCUGACUGUGGGAUGACUUGUGUUUUCAUCAACCUCGUAAUAAAAGUACAACCAAAUUCUGGAAUGAA